AUGCAGGGACAAAACAAACAGAAGCAAGCCGACACCACGGCACCGGCGCCGGAGCCGUCUGUCGCCGAAGACAGCAAUGAUAAGAAGGGCGGUGACUUUGCCUCGACGACGAGCAGCAGUAUAGCUCCGAUCACAAGCCACGCCGAGCCCUCGAUGGACUUGGAGUUUGACAUUGAUGAGUCUACGACAGGCUUGGGCUUGGAUGACGAGUUCGACUAUGACCAAAGUGCUCUUUUGGGCAUGUCAUCGUCAGUCUCGUCCAUGUUUGGGUCGAUGGGAACGCACAGCCGCUCCAUGAGCCUCGACAAUAAGCCGGGAGACACAAACUCAACCAAGGUAAGGCCAUUCCGCUAUUGCAGAUACUGGAUGUCCGCCAUCAGCAGCCCAUAUCGCGGGCCAUCAACAUUUGACACAUCCGACAUGUUCAAGGGAGCAUGCGGCACUGGCCCUGCCGUCACGCACCAGCCGAGCCUGACGCCGAUUGACCCAGCACUUGCCGGGCUUUUCCAAACUGGCUCGGGCCCGUCAUCCGCCGAGCCGAGCUCCAGCUCGACGGUGACCUCCGGCUGGCCAUCCUCGACGGCUCCGGUCUCCACCCCAAUGUGCUCGUGCAUUCAACUGCACGCCCGCUUGGUCUAUGACCUGGGCACCUUGCUACAUGACAAGGCGACUGAUGUCGAGCGCAUUCUCACGGGCGUCCAGCUAGCCCAGGGGCCCUGGCAGGCACUGCUGCAAUGCCCUUGGGGCCGCUACUGUGAUAACCAUAAGGAAGCCUUCCUUCUGUUUAGCCUGAGUGUGCGUAUCCUGCUUUCGUCGCUGCAAAAGGUGCAGUCGGGUGUCAAGGCCCUCUCGCAACCUGGCUCUUCGGAGCGCGGCCCAGCGCCGAUGGAUGUUGGUCUCGGAAGCUUGGCCGCGUCCUCACUGGCGUUGUCGGGCGACCUCGACGGGACGAGAGUCUCUGUCGGAGGGUUUGAGGUCACUGGGGAGACUAAGCUGGAGGUCAUCUCGGUGCUGAUUAAGGGUGCGCUGGAGUCGAUACUCUCAACCGUAUCGAACCAGCAGGAUACCAGCGGCACUAUGCCGGUUGAUGCGAGCACGAUGGGCUCGUUACCCCCAUACUUGGUCAACAUGGCUAUGCUGGGCGGUGGUAGCGAUAGCGAGAAAGGGGCAUCAGAGUCUCCGAUCAGUGCGCGCACCUCGGUCUCGACCGAAGCGACGCAGCUAUCGUCGCAACUCUUCAGCAUGUCUCAUCUACAUCAAACACCGGAUGCUGGGACUGCGCACAUUGACGCUGCAGCAAAUGAUAUCCAGGCGCUGCUCAACCAGCUUACUAGGGGAUAA